UCUACAUAACAAUCGUGGUUGUACCGAGCCGAUAUCAUUAGCUGCUGAAUCAAGAUGUAAGCUUCAAUCGUUGUGAAAGUUUGCUGACUGCUUGGCCGCGCGUGACCAGAAGCGCCUGGGCAAGAUCUAAUUUGGAAGAUGGCGGAAGAUCGACGAAGAGAGCAUCAACUCAAAAUGGGCUAAGUUUGUCCUGUUUUCAACAGGAUCAUGAGUCUAAUGAGACAGGUUAGCCUUCUCCCGGCAGGCUGUCAACCUUGGAACCUUGAUGUUUGCGCUGCAAGCAGCAGUGGAGAUCGAUUUGCCUAUUGUGCGACCCUCGCUGUUUACGUUUACGAGUUGGAUCCACAGUUUAAAGAAUUCCGCUUGUCUGUGAUCUUGGCUCAGCACAGGAAGACAAUCACAUGCAUCACCUGGCAUCCUCAAAACCCUGAUCUGCUCGCAACAUCAAGUAGUGAUUGUAAAAUUUACAUAUGGAGUGUGUCACAGGAAAGAGUGAUUGGUACCUUAGAGAGUAUCAAAUCCACUCCUUCCUGUAUAGGUUGGUGUCCUCAAGAUCGGGAUUCUAUUGCAUAUAUUUCAGGGCGUGGGCCUUUGUGUAUUUGGAACUAUGCAACCCGUGACUAUACUAUGAUCUUCAAACAUCUAGAAUCUAUGACAUUUUUCUCAGAAGUGUGUCAGUUUCGCUGGAAUCAAAGAAAAGUUGGAAAACUUGUCUUUGGCCAUAACGAUGGUAGUAUAUCUGUCGUAAAUCCUGGACAGAAAGCAUUUAAACAUUACUUAAGACCAGAACCCUUUGAAGAUUAUGAUGAAGAAGAUCCUGUGAUCAGUCUGGAAUGGGACCCAUUAUCAGUGGAUUACCUGUUGGUCGCCAACUCACACGGCAGCCUGAGGUUGAUUGACACUGACUCAAUGACUGUCAUCAUGAAUUUCAAGUUACCAAGCUCUGCAACAAAGAUUCACACACUCUCUUGGGUUUCCUCUGCUCCUGGAGUGUUUGUGACGGGAGAUGCCCAAGGAGGUAUUCUUCGUGUUUGGAAUGUGUCCAAAAGCUCUCCAUUGACCAGCAUUAAAUUAAAAAUGACCAGCUUUCAUGCACUGACUGUUGUUCAACCUGACCAGAACUUAUUAUCAAUUAAUAAUAAUCAAACAUCCUCAGGAAUGUCGUCAACCUCAGUAGCAGUUCAGCCUCCAUCCCAGCCAAAUCACAUCACUUAUGCACUUCCACCUGCAAGAAUUCUUUGUGCCUUUAUGGAUGGCGGAGUUGGAUUGUAUGACUUAGCAAAACGGAAGUGGAGCUUUCUUAGAGACAUGGGACAUAUAGAGACAAUAUUUGAUUGCAAGUUUAAGCCUGAAAAUCCAGAUUUGUUGGCAACAGCUUCCUUUGAUGGAACCAUCAAAGUCUGGGAUGUUAACACUAUGACUGCAGUGCAUUCAUCUCCAGGCAAUGAAGGAAUCAUCUAUGCACUUUCUUGGUCACCUGGAGAUGUCAAUUGUCUGUGUGGAGCAACAGCUAAGCAUGGAGUCUUCAUAUGGGAUAUAAGCAAAGAAAAGAUUAUCAAGAGAUUUACUGAACAUGGAAAGCAACAUGUUUACAAUGUGAGCUGGAAUCACAAAGAUUCAAGGAGAAUUGCUUCCUGCAGUGCAGAUGGAACAUGUGUUGUAAGGCAAGUGGAUGGAACUUUAGUCAAAAGAUACAAACACCCUGGUCCUGUCUAUGGCUGUGAUUGGAGUCUCAAUAACAGAGAUAUGAUUGCUACUGGUUGUGAGGACAAAUGCGUGAGGGUGUUUUAUGUUGCUGCCAGCACAGAUCUGCCUUUAAAAGUAUUUUCUGGUCAUGCAGCAAAGAUUUUUCAUGUGAAAUGGAGUCCUAUCAGAGAGGCAAUCCUCUGCAGUGGUUCAGAUGAUGGAACCAUUAAAGUGUGGGACUAUACUGAGGAUUCAUGCGUGCAUACGUUAGAAGGGCACAAGGCACCUGUGCGUGGCCUGCUGUGGAACCCAGAAAUUCCUUACCUUCUAAUUUCAGGCAGCUGGGACUAUGCCAUUAAGAUUUGGGAUACGAGAGAUGGAACCUGUCUAGAAACUGUGUUGGAUCACGGAGCGGAUGUGUAUGGUUUGACUUGCCACAGAAAUAGACCAUUUACAGUCGCAUCGUGUUCUCGCGAUUCCACCGUCAGAAUCUGGUGCAUAUCGCAUUUGGCGUGUUCCUUGCAGAUCGAUGUUCUAGCUGAAAGACCCCUUGAUGACCUUAUAACCACUAACACAGCAGCCAUGUCAUCUGGCGGCACACCUCUGUUAAAUGGAAGAGUUUCACGAGAAUUAAAAGCAAAUGUGGCAACCAAAGGAGAAGCAUCUCAUUUGUCAGCAGUAAAACUGUUCUCGGACUUUUUCACUCCUCCUUGCGGAGCUAAGAAUUUGUGGGACUUGGUGUUUGUGUUACGAGACGGCGACGACAAUUUAUUACCAGCAACUUACAGCAAAGGGAUUUUGCACACAAAACAUCUUGUCAGACACAAAGCAUCUGAGGCACAAGAGUUAGAAACCGUUCGAGCAAUGUCCAGGAGAGGAGGUCUGAUGUCAAAAAAAGAGGACAGGAUCAGAGAAGCGGCAAAUCUCCAUGUCAAGAUUGGUCAGCUACAGAGAUACUGUGAGCUGAUGGUCGAACUGGGCGAGUGGGACAGAGCACUUGCUAUGGCUCCUGGAAUCUCAAUGGAUUAUUGGAGAGAACUAAUGGAAAGACGAACUUCGCAACUUAUGAGGGAAGAUGACGACUCCGCUGUCCCAUACUGUGUUUCGUUAGGAGACGCGGCGAAGCUCGUGUCUUUCUUUUCGUCACGCGGUCAGCUUCACGACGCCUUAUUAGCGGCGCAAGUGGCGUGCGAGGGAGGACUAACUCUACCGCAGAAAAAGGAAAACAAGAUUCCUGAUCUGAGAAAAAACGACGUCUUACCUUCUCUGAUCAAUCACAUGACUGACGAGAACAAAGGUCUUCUUCAGUCAGCAAGUACUGCGUUAGCUGACUGGUAUUUUUAUUGUGGACAACCUGUGCUGGCCGCAUGUUGUCACUUGGCUGUGGGAGAUAUCGAGUUUGCUUUGUCGAAGCUCAUUCGAGGGAAUGAACUGGAACUAGCAGUCAGUAUGGGAAUGGUGCUUAGCGAAAACAGUCACAUGUAUCAUCAAGCUGUUGAACUUCUGGCCAGAAAAUGUGAAAGACUUGGGAAAUGGGACACGUGUAUUCUUCUUCUCAAGUCAUUGCCUUCUUGUGAGAACCAGCUCUUCAAGACGUGUGCCAGGUGUCAGGGAACUGUUACAGAAGUGAACGAAUUGCACGAAAAGGCUGGAUUGCCAAGCGUAGAGGAUUGUUUACAAAAAGCUCAGCAGUUAUGUGAUGAGAACAAAUUCAUGGACGCCAUGAAGUACUACCUUGUUUCCUCUUCUCCUGAGCUAGCGCUCGACAUCGGACUCAAUCUCGUGCGAGAUGUUAUGAGUAAACCUUAUUGGGUCUUAGAUGACGUACUGACAGUCCUUCGGUGGAUGUCGUCUAUUAGAACAGACCGGCUGCAACAAAGCAGGGCAUCCAAACAGAGACAGGAACUGUUGGCACUGAGUGCCUACCUCGGAGCACUCUUGGCAAUAAGAAGAAAAUACACUCCGAUCAUUCACCCUCUCUUCAAACAUGCAAGGUACGCACUGCAGAAACAGAGUAUGCUAUAUUCACCCUACAAACAGUCCUUAUUCUCCUUCAGCCCCUCGCCCUUAGAUUACCAGAAGUGAUUAACAUGUAACUUCUCUCUCUAUCAUCCAUACAUU